CAAAAAGAGACGCCCACCUCUGAGCAUGUUGAUGCUCAUUCACAAGCCCCAGAUGAUGACGACCAACUUUCUAUAUCUAUAAAUAAAGAAUCUUCCCAUGUGUGUAUUUAGAAGUUAACAUCUCAAGUCGACUGAAUGCACUGCCAAAUACAAUACUCCAACCCAUCUACCCGUUUCUAAACACACUUCUCCACAGUCCCAUAUUAUAACCUCCGCUCAGCAUCCAUCAUGGCUGCAAGAGCUUCGUCCAUUCUUCGGCGCUCCUUAUUAUAUGGUUGUUCUUCACAUCGUCUUUGAAAAAAUGAUGCUUGACUGAUAUUGAGUCAUAGUCCCUGCGUCUUCUCAGAAGAUGCUCUCCAAGUCUUUGGGCCUGACAACAGACAAUGUCACAUAUGACUUGGAGGACUCUGUGACCCCCUCUCACAAGGGGAAUGCUCGAAAUCAAUUAAAGGAGCACCUCUCCAAUCUGAAAUCGCGUCCCUCCACUAUUUCAGAGCUUGCUGUUCGGAUAAAUGCGGUGUCAACCCCAUUUGCUCUUGAUGAUCUAACCACACUGUCAUCGGCAGAUCAGGUUGACGCCAUUGUCGUGCCCAAAGUCAAUUCGGCAGCCGACCUGACCUUUGUCACCGAUGUACUGCGACAUGUUGCUCCAGAACGUCAUAAUUAUAGCUCAACAAAUCCAAUCAAGAUUAUAGCGCUCAUUGAAUCCGCUCAAGCAGUCAUGGACCUUUCUUCCAUAUGCAAGGCCUCCCCUUAUCUCAGUGGCUUGAUAUUUGCAGCCGAGGACUUUGCGCUUGACCUUUCGAUAACAAGAACACCUUCUCUGACGGAAUUCCUCUAUGCACGGUCGGCCAUUGUUACUGCAGCUCGAGCACAUAAUCUCCCGAGCGCCAUUGACCUGGUUUGUACUUCCUAUCGAGGUGAUGAUGGACUCCGGACACUGGAAGAGGAAUGCCAAGGUGGGAAAGCUAUGGGUUUCAAUGGCAAACAGUGCAUACACCCCGGACAGCUAGAGACUGUUCAGAGGAUGUUUGCUCCCGAUAUAAAAGACGUAGAAUGGGCCGUCCGUGUCACUAUUGCUGAUGAAAAGGCUGCGAGUGCGGGGCGUGGUGCGUGGACUCUUGAUGGGAAGAUGAUUGACGCCCCGGUGGUAGGAAAAGCCCAUGCCAUAGCUGCCAAAGCAGAGCAAUGUGGAAUUGAUGUGCAGGAUCUAAGAGCAAAGUGGAAAGAUCAAGAGCCAGAGUAGUAACUUCAUAAAAUCUGUUGUUCUUGGAAACAUGGAAUACUUGGAAGCGAAAUGACCACAACAAGGUAUUUUCGCCAGAGAUGAUUAAUACCAGAUCAUAUGGUUUGGUUGCCAGAAUGAUGUGAGCUCUGAUUCUAUUUCACGAUUGAGGACCUCUCCUGGACUUGGAAGCCG